CCGACACCGUGAGCUAUGGCGAACGGUUUCGCCUCCAUCAGCAAUGGAGUACCAGAUGAAGAAUCGAUUACGGCGCCGUUCCUCCGCCUCCGUCGCUCUACCUCCAACACCACCUCUCAGAUUGCUAUCGUCGGAUCCAAUCCUUGUCCAGUCGAAAGUCUCGACUAUGAGAUCAUGGAGAAUGAUGUCUUCAAGCAAGAUUGGCGCAGCAGAAGUAAGAUCCAGAUAUUCCAGUACACAUCUUUGAAAUGGACCCUUUGUUUUCUUAUUGGUAUUCUUGUCAGUCUCAUUGGCUUCUUCAAUAACCUAGCCAUUGAGAACAUUGCUGGUGUGAAGUUUGUGGUCACCUCCAACAUGAUGCUGGCAAACAACUACUUGGCAGCAUUUCUCAUAUUUGCAGCUGCGAAUUUAGGCCUUACCUUGUUUGCUUGUCUGAUAACGACGCUUAUAGCACCAGAGGCUGCUGGAUCAGGCAUACCUGAAGUUAAGGCUUACUUAAAUGGUGUUGAUGCUCCUGCCAUAUUCUCAUUUAGAACAUUGGUAAUUAAGAUAGUUGGCAGCAUUGCUGCCGUGUCGUCGUCUCUUAAUGUUGGCAAGGCAGGGCCCAUGGUACAUACUGGUGCGUGCAUUGCAGCCCUAGCUUGUCAGGGUGGAUCAGAUAAAUAUAAGUUGACAUGGAGAUGGUUCAGAUUUUUCAAUAAUGAUAGAGAUCGACGUGAUCUUGUGACUUGUGGAUCAGCGGCUGGAAUUGCUGCUGCUUUUCGUGCCCCUGUUGGUGGUGUACUCUUUGCUCUUGAAGAAAUGGCAUCUUGGUGGAGAAGUGCCCUUUUGUGGAGAGCUUUCUUCUCAACCGCCAUUGUUGCAAUUUUGCUUCGGGGUCUGACUGAUCUGUGCUUGAGUGGAAAAUGUGGACUCUUUGGCACUGGGGGUUUGAUAAUGUAUGAUGUUACCUCGGUAAACAUAUCCUAUCAUUUAAAGGAUGUACCUCCGGUUCUUCUUCUUGGAGUCAUUGGAGGCAUUGCAGGGAGUGUAUACAAUUGUCUAUUGGGUAAAGUUCUCCGACUUUACAAUCUAAUCAAUGAGAAAGGCACUGCUUACAAAAUACUCCUUGCUUGCUUGGUUUCCAUCGUCACUUCCUGUCUCUUAUUUGGUUUGCCAUGGUUUGCAACUUGCCAACCGUGUCCAGUUGAUGCAUCUGAACCUUGUCCCACUAUCGGUCGAUCUGGCAACUACAAGAAGUUCCAAUGUUCACCUGAUCAUUACAACGAACUAGCAAGUCUCUUCUUCAACACAAAUGAUGAUGCAAUUAAAAAUCUCUUUAGCAAGGGCACCGACACCGAGUUCCACCCCACAUCGGUUCUAAUAUUCUUUAUCACCUGCUUUUUCCUCAGCAUCUUCAGUUAUGGCAUCGUGGCUCCUGUGGGUCUCUUCAUUCCUGUAAUUGUGACCGGUGCAUCUUAUGGACGUCUUGUUGGGCUGUUAAUCGGUUCAAACUCUAACCUUAACCAUGGGCUAUUUGCGGUCUUGGGUGCCGCUUCACUUCUUGGUGGAUCGAUGAGGAUGACAGUUUCACUUUGUGUUAUUCUCCUAGAAUUGACCAACAACUUGCUCUUGCUACCACUUAUAAUGUUGGUUCUUCUUGUUUCCAAAACCGUGGCUGAUGCUUUCAAUGGAAAUAUUUACGACCAGAUAAUGAGCUUGAAGGGGUUUCCUUAUUUAGAAACCCAUGCUGAACCAUAUAUGAGGCAGCUGACUGUUAGUGAUGUUGUCUCAGGCCCACUUCGCGUAUUCAACGGCAUUGAGCUGGUUGCUAACAUUGUACACGUUCUAAGAACGACAGGGCACAAUGGGUUUCCGGUAGUGAACGAGCCACCACAUUCUGAAGCACCAAUUUUGUACGGUCUGAUCCUCCGGUCCCAUCUUAUCACAUUACUAAAGAAGAAAGCUUUCUUGCUUACUCCAACACCAACAGAUGCGGAUGCCAUAAAGCAUUUCUCAGCAAGUGAUUUUGCAAAGCAGGGUCUGGGAACCGCGGAAGAGAUUGAAGACAUAGAACUGACAGAAGAUGAGAUGGAGAUGUACAUCGACUUGCAUCAUUUCACGAACGCUUCUCCCUAUACUGUUGUCGAGACCAUGUCAUUAGCCAAGGCCCUUACACUUUUCAGGGGUGUCGGUUUAAGACACCUGCUAGUAGUCCCCAAGACUUCUGAGAGACUCCCCGUGGUUGGGAUAUUAACAAGACAUGAUUUCAUGCCGGAACAUAUCCUCGGUUUGCACCCAAUGCUGGCAAAAAGUAAAUGGAAAAGAUUAAGAUUCAAAUUCCCUCUUUGGAACAAAAUCUUUUAGUCCAACUCCUCCACAUCAAACAUCUAGCAGCAGUUCCAGUGAAGAUGGUAUUCAUGAUGAGGCCUUCCUUCUAAAUCAUGGUAUAUAUGCACUUGCUCUUUCCUAACACACUCUUUUUCUUAGAUUUCACCUUAAUAUUAUUAUAUUUUUCAUUCAAAGGAAAUAACUUAUCAGUCCUCGUAUAUUAGAGUCAUAUUCGUUGAUUCUUGGUUGCA